CAAAAGAAGAGGAAUUUUUCGUCCGUUGCCGAGGAAUAUAUAUGUCUAUUUUGUCGUUUUACUGAAUACCAGAACACAACAUUCAUCCCCAGUGACCAUCGGCAACCUGGCACAUCCCAGCUAGAGCAUCAACAGAUAAAAGACGACCCAUAUUCACCUAUCAGUAUGAGCCAGCCACAACUCGACCUGUCACACUCAAUCCCGCCCCACACGAUUACUCGCCUGGUACGCGAGUGGCUGGCAGAGGACACGCCCAACUUCGACCCUGCAGGGGUGUGUGUGGGGUCACAGGAGGUUGAGGCUAGUUUGUUUUGUAAAUCACCCUGUAGUAUCUUGGCGGGAAUCCCCUUCUUCACAGCUGUGUUUACUGAGCUUGGCUGCACUGUGGAAUGGAUGUACCAAGAGGGGGCAGACCUGGGUCCAGGGGCUGUAACCCCAACUGCUGUGGUGAGAGGCCCAGCCAGGUGUGUCCUCCUGGGGGAGAGGCCAGCCCUCAACUGCCUGGCCCGAGCUUCUGGGAUUGCCACUCGCUGCACUAAACUGCAGUAUAUCACCUCAAAAGCUGGCUGGCAAGGGCAGGUGGCGGGCACACGGAAAACAACCCCUGGCUUCCGGUUGGUGGAGAAGUAUGCCAUGCUGGUGGGCGGAGUGUCCAUGCACAGACAGGAUCUGAGCGGGAUGGUGAUGCUGAAGGAUAACCAUGUUUGGGCGUCAGGAAGUAUCACACGGGCGGUUAGGGAUGCCCGUGCAGUGUGUGGCUUCAGCAGUAAGAUCGAGGUGGAGUGUGGUUCCAGAGAGGAGGGCAGCGAGGCAGCUGAAGCAGGAGCUGACAUAGUAAUGCUGGAUAACUUCAACCCUGAGGAACUGCAUGUUGCAGCACGGCUUCUGAAGGAGAAGUUCCCCUUUCUGCUGAUUGAGGCCAGUGGAGGGGUAACACUCAGUUCCCUCCCUGAAUACCUUUCCUCUCAUGUGGACAUCAUCUCCCUGGGUUGCAUAACGCAGGGUUGCCCCAUUGUUGACUUCUCUCUCAAUGUUCAAAAACCUGUUUUUGUACCUUUUAUGGGGAGCCUAAAUAAAAAAAAUUGUAAAGAGUAAAUAAGAAUCCAGCUAAAAUAAAUUGCUGUUGCAAUACUCCAUUCUAUUUCCAUUAUAGUUAAGUGAUUUUGAUAUUCUAUUCGUUUGAGGAUAUAAACCUGGAAUAACUAGAAACAGUAUAAAAUAUUUGAUUAAUUAAACUGUAACACACAAAAAAUUGUAAUAAAAGAGA